AUGGACGAACAUUGCUAUAUAAUGCCUGGGGAGUUUGGGCUUUUAGUUCAAGGAGUUUUAGCAGUUAGCUCAAUAUCUAUUUUAAUAGCAAAGCAUAUAUUUGAGAAACCACGACGAACAUUAUUAAAUUUUUUUGAAGACGUUGCUUUAUUAUUAAUUGGAAAUACAGUAAUUCAUUUUUUUAAUAUUUUUUUUAGUAUGUUUUUUUUUCAUUGUAAAAUUUUGCUAUAUUUAUUCCAAGUAAAUAUGGAUGAAUGCUCCAUAUAUUUCACUCAAGUUAUUUUGGAUGGAUCGCUUGGAUUAUAUUUGCAAGCUACGCUACUUGAUAUUUUUAAAGUAACUAAAUAUUUUAAAUUUAGUUUUUUUCAUAAUAAAUAUAAAUCGAUAAUGCAUAAACACAGCGACAUAUUACCAUGUUACCCUUCAUUCGAUUUAAAUAAUGAUAGUAAUGAUAAACAAUCUAUCAAUAAUUUAAUUUAUAAUAAUACUGAUACAAUAGCUAUUAGCCCAAACAAUAACAAAAUGACCAAUGAUGAAUAUACUACUAAUAAAAAUAGUAAUAUUAUUGAACUAUCAGAUUUAAAUUCAAAUUCAUUUAAUAAAAAUUGUGAAGAUGGCCAGAGAUCCCCCAAUUCAAUUGAUAUAAACAAAAUUCACAAAUCAAUAGACUACAAUAAUAAUGAAAAAUUCCAGGACAGAAAUAAGUUAAUGUCAUUCAAUAUAGAAUUACUAAACAAAGAAGUAUGCAUUAAUAUAAACGGAAAUAAUAAUUUAAAAAAUGAUGAAAUUUAUGAAAAUAAAGAUAUAUAUAUCCUUGAUAAAACAGAAAGCAAUAAUUCAAACAGUUUAAUUGACAACUUGAUUUUAUGGUUAUCUGUAAUUUUAUCAGCAAAAUUUAUUGUAAUUUUUGUUUUUGUAUUAACAUCCCCUAUCACUAAUAUUUUUACUUUUUAUACUAUAUCAUGCAUUAAAGAUGUAAGAUAUAGGCUUAUAUUCAUAAUGGUUAUUAUACCAUUUUUUUUUAACUUUGUAUUGUAUUAUAUUUCCGAUAUUAUAAUUAAAAAAAAAAGCGAAAAUAUAAAUGUGAUUAAUGAUAAUCCUUAA